AUGUCCUUACUUCAACACACUGGUCCAUCAACGUUUUACACGGAACUAGCAGAGUUACCUCUUCCUGUGUCUGCUGAUUUCGUUGGCAACGAUGUUGCACGCGUCACUUAUUCUGUUCGCGAUCACGAGCGCAACAUUACACGAUCCCUCACCAAGACUUUUCCCAGGGGCAUCACUUCUGAUAAUCAGACGACCUCCCAUGAUUCCUCUGAAGUUAAGGCGUUUACAACAUCUCCUUCCAAGUCUCGUCAGGCAAUCCUCCGAGAGGUUGCUAAUGGCACAAGUACGAAGCGUUUCGUUGAAAUCUGGGCUGGCGCCCAGGUGGAGGCUUCCUUGGAUGUUACCAAGUACCAUGAUGCUUUCCAUACCGAUGAUUUCACAUCCUCGCUCUCCUUCUCCCCAUCGGAAACAUCCCUUCUAUACACCGCCGAAGCAAACAUCAACAGCGAUGAUAAUGCUUCAGAUGAUCCUUACCCUAAAUUCAGAUUCACCCCGCACUUUGGUGAACCAUCUCGCGCCAGGAAAAGAUCGACCAUUUUUCUAUUCCGCUGGACAAGAUCCACAGACUUCACCAGGGCUGCUAAGCAGGACAUGUUGCUCGUUGCCCUUUCGUUGGCACAGCCUGCCCAAGUACCCGUCCUUUUUGGCCAAGCUACUUUUGCGACGGAAGAUGUCAUCUAUGCCAGUGGACACGAACACACCAAAGACGGUCGACUGCUGGGGGUCAAAUGGUGCUUCAAUCGUCCCAUGGGCAUAUGGGAGAUUAAGCUCCCCGAGUCAGUAACCGUGCAAGGGACACCUUUUGGCACCAAAAUAUUGUGUAACGCAUUGAAGCUGACUCCGUCAGAACGGUCUUGCCGCUCACCUCGUGUGUUAUACGAUGAUGGUCAUACGCCCACUAAACUCUUCUGGUUCUCAAAUCCCGUCGGUGGUCCCCACGCAUCCUGCGUUUCCCUGGAAUCUCGUGACCUAGCCACAGGCACCAACAAGGUCCUCGUGGACACCGUGAUGGAGCCUACCUCCGAAAACGACUUUCCAGGCCUAUAUCCCAAUUAUAACAUGCCCUCCAGUCCGUUUUUACGUCGUGGAAAUCGUACAUACAUCGUGCUCCACUCCUUAUGGCGCUCUCGUGCGACAAUCCUCUUCAUCGAUACAGAAUCAGGAGCGAUUUCAGACGAGACAAAAAUGCGAGAUGGCGAACCCUUGUAUAGUUGGGACUUCCAUACCACAGACAACAAGACGUGCUUCAUCUGUUCAAGGAGCACGCCUACUACCCCAUCCGAGGUAUUACUAGGAUACUUUGAUCCACGCGACAACCUCAAUUGGAAAGUCCUAGAUAAGCCAACAAUAUCUUUCGCGACUGAAAACGCACUCCGCGAUCUCACUGCUUCGAUUAUACCCAUCGGUGCGCGUCCUCCAACAGAGACUCUUAUUAUCCAGUCGAAGAAAGCUUCCACGAGACCUGGCCCGAAACCCAUCUGCAUUACCAUUCCACAUGGAGGACCACAUGCAUCAUCGACAACAUCAUUCUACCCUGCUACUGCUGCACUGGCUUUAGAAGGAUAUACUCUCUCCCUUCCCAACUAUACCGGCUCCAUGGGAUUCGGCGAAAAAUAUAUCCAAAAACUUCUUGGGCACUGUGGAACAAUGGACGUACAAGACGUCGUAGAGAGUGUCAACGAGCUCGUACGACUCGGUAUCUCAGAGCAUGGACGACAAGUUGUUCAAGGUGGAAGCCACGGUGGUUUUCUCGCUGCGCACUUGAUUGGCCAAUACCCAACCCUAUUCAAUGCAGCAGUGAUGCGCAACCCCGUAACUAGCGUAGGCGAACUAACAGCGUCUGACAUCCCCGACUGGGCAUAUGCUGAACUCGGGCUCCAAUUUACCCCGGACUCGCUCAUGAUGCCUGCUACAUUCCAAAAAAUGUUUGAAGCAUCGCCUAUCGCGCACGUUGACAAUGUACGCGCGCCUGUGUUGUUAUUGAUUGGAGAAGACGACUUGCGUGUGGUACCGGCGCAGGGGUUGAGAUUUUAUCAUGCGCUCAAAGGCAGGGAGAGGAGAGUGGAGAUGUUAUGGUUUAAGGGGGAGACGCAUCCGCUUGAUGGGGUUGAGGCGGCGAGGGUUUCGUGGGAGGCUGGGAGGGAUUGGUUUAAGAAGCUGGGGCAAAACCCAGCUGACUGA